AUUGAGGUGACCUGCCAACGACACGGUGGCGCGUCGCAUCAAUAAAGCCAUUAACAAAACAUAAGCUCACGCAAAAAGUAGCAAAACAACAAAGGUACAGCUACAGCUGACAUAAAAAAGUCACCAUGGGAGGUGGAAACAGGGAGGUGUAAGAAAAGGGGGUGACACGGUUAAGCAUCGUCCAAGGAAAAGCCCCAGGUGAACUACAGAGACGCCUGAUUACAAAUCACAGACGGGUGUGCAACCCAGCUACCUCUAACCCGACUAAAGCCUCCAAGUGGUUUGGCAGUCUGGCCAACCUCUCCAUCCGCCUCCCGUCCACCAGACAGAAGGCCGCCCCGGAGCACCAUGGGAGCAGGGCCAGGUCAGCUGACGACAUACAGUCCGGCCCCCAGCAGGGCGGCUACGUGCGCUCCAGCGACAUGUACACUCAUGUGGGCACUGUGCCCCGCGGCGAGAGGCACCAGUGGAACUGUCGGGGGAUGAAGCAGACCAGCACAAAGACGACAGGGGACGAGGAGGAAAGAGGUGGGGGUUGGAGACGGGCGGGGGCGGGGGAACACGUACGAGACUCCCCCCUGCUCAGCGCUCUGUCCAGCCUCAGCCUCAACAGCGCGGACCGUCCCGCGAGCGCCUCGGCAGCCACCCGGCCGCUGCCUGCCACGCCGAGGCUCAGCCGGCCUUCACCUUUGACCUCUGACAGCAGCAGUAGUGACCCUUGGUGGGUCGCCGCCCGCAGCCAGGAUGCUGAGGGCGCUCCCGCAACUGCCCCAUCCAUCGUGCCAAAGAGUCCCGCUCAGGACGUGUACGUGCCCAUGGACCCCAUAAGUGACGCCGCCCACAGACACAUGCACGAGCCGGGCCUCACGUGCACGCAGGACACCACAAAGGAAGAGGCAGACGUGCACAGCCAGUGUGGGGCGGCAGAGAGCAGCGGGGAGUAUGUGAAGUUCUCCAAGGACAAGUUCUGGUUGGAGCCGCCGUCGGAGAACCUGAAGAAGCAGCUGGAGGAGGAGCUGAAGCUUAACAGCUCCAACCUGAGGAGCCAUGCCUGGUACCACGGACCCAUUCCCUCCGAGGUGUCCGAGAGCCUGCCGUUGACCCACGGUGACUUCCUCAUCAGGAACUCUGACUCCAGCCGAGGCGACUUUGUCCUGACAUCUCACUGGGACCAGAAGACAACCCACGUCCCCAUCAGGAAGACGGUGGUACACUCCAGUGACACGUGCACUCGAGUCCAGUACAGCCUGGACCAGGUGGUCUUCGACUCCCUGCCUGCUCUUGUUCGCUUCUACGUGGGCGGCAGAACCGUCCUGACCCGCUGGAGCCCCGCCCAGAUUCACCAGCCGGUCAACAGGACGCUGCCGCUGAGCUUCUUGGAGACGGUGUUUGGUGCCACCGUUGACCCGUCGCCCUCGCAGAUUUCCCUGAAAGACCACAGCAAGGAUGAGGUCUGCAGCAAAAGCAGCUCGUCAUCUUUGGACCACCAAGACUGUGACCACCCUGCGCUCUGCCCUGACAAAGACACCCGCCUACCAGCCGACAACGGAGUUGAGGAGUCGAGCCGCACAGGAAGUUGGGACGAGGGACUUUCCAUCACCCCGCCCAUCAGCGCUCCAGCUGAGCGGGUGGAAGCCGGGCAGGCCGGUGUGCCGCUGGAUGCAGAUGGAAGCUGUUACACGGAGCUCUACACAGGCCCCCAGAGCUUCGUGAAGAGGCUUUGUGCGGAGGAGGGCGUCGUCCAGGAUGUCUACUCCCCUCCCGUGGUGGAGACGGUGUCCUCCUUCCGGCCUGGCAGGUACCGGUCAGCGCUGAUGCCCUCGGAGAACAAACCUCUGGAAGUGGGCGUCCUGCAGAGGGUGAAGGCACUCUUGGCCGAGGUGGACCCCAAGACGGCGGCCCAGCACAUCACCAAGUGCGACUGCACGGUGGGGCGGAUACUGGAGGUGCUGCCGGAGGUGCAAAAGAUGAUGGGAGUCAGCUCUGGGAUGGAGCUGCUCACGCUGCCGCACGGCCAGCAGCUCCGAUUGGACCUCCUGGAGAGGCUGCAGACCAUGGCCACCAUGCUAGCAGUUAACGUGCUGGGCUGCACUGGCACCACUGAGGAGCGGGCAGGCCUGCUGCACAGAAUGAUUUGGACGGCGGCUGAGCUGAAGAGCAACAUGGGCAACAUGUUUGGCUUUGUCGCCGUCAUGAGAGCGCUGGAGCUGCCGCAGGUAACUCGUCUGGAGCAGACCUGGACGGCGUUACGCCAGCAGCACACGGAGGGCGCCAUUCUCUAUGAGAAAACUCUCAGGCCCUUCAUGAAGAACCUGAAUGAAGGCAGAGAAAGCUGUCCUCUCUCCAACACCAGCUUCCCCCACGUGCUCCCCCUCCUCCACCUGCUGGAGAAGAGCGUGGCGGUGGGUGAGGGGGCGGAGCCUUGGGAGACAGUGGAGGCUGGAGUAGACGUUGUCAUGUUCCACCUGGAGGAGGCCAGGACCAUCGCGCAGUGGGGGGAUGUCUACAGGUCCAAUGCUGAGAGCAAACUGCAAGGUCUACAGGAGCAGGCAGACAUCUCAGAGGUGUUCCAGACAGACUUCCAGAUGAGACUGCUGUGGGGGAGCAGGGGAGCCGUGGAGAGUCAGGCACUGCGCUACGCCAAAUUCGAGCAGGUGCUGACAGCCUUGUCCAACCGGCUGGAGCCGCCCACGCGACCCCGCUGACGCCACAUGUGUGUGCAUCUUCACUAACAAAACGUCUUCGAGUGUAGCAUCAUCAUGUGAUGUCACCCUGACUACACUUCCAUGUCGUGGUCACCUGGACAGUGUUCCCCAAAGCAAUUUCUAAUUUCUAAUUAAAGAGCAGGGGUGUGCAAACGUUUUCCAGCGAGAGGCCAUGUACUGAAUAAUGAAAAGGAUGCAACUUUGCCACUUUGAUAUUUUGUAAGGCAACACGUAUACAUUCCAAUGAAGUUAUGGAUUAUGCAUUUGUCUAGUUGAUACAUGUGUUCAUUAUGGAUUAUAUAACACAAUGGUCAUAUUUAUGUGAAUAAAGCCUAUUUCAAGCCAGGAUUCAGUACUUGUCCAUAUGUAUAAUGCUUACAUUUGUUUAAAAACAACACUCGCACGUAUGUACAGUCCUGUAUGUAUUUUUUUUCGUUUUUUAUCAAACGAAUUAAACGUGUAUUGUUACUAUUUGCCCCACAAAGAUGUAGGAUUCUAACGCGUAUGAAGUUACUCUUUGACAGGGCAAAAAACCCUGGAACUUACACUCUUGGAGCGGAAGUAAUAGCUCCUGCUACACAACAGUCGUCUUUUUAUGACGUAAUUCAUGCGCCCCACGCUACUGAUGAAACGAACAAUUCUAUUGUCAUUUGUUUUCAUUUAUAAUCUGUAAUUGUACAUCAAUAAAGAAAAAAA